AUGUGCGCUGCAUCUCCAGCGUUCACAGCAUUUCUACUACUGAAGGUUAGCGGGGUACCGCUGAGUGAAACUAAAUACGACAAAAAGUUUGGAGAUGACAAAGAAUACAUAAGAUGGAAAAGAGAAACACCAGUUAUUGUCCCAAGACUUUGCGUAUCGCACAACCAUUCAGGUUACCGUCGAACCUCAGAAAUGGCCACCAUUGAGUCACCCGUUCACAAUCACCUAGAUUUCAUGCGAAAAGCACUUGAGCAAGCACGUAAAUCACCUGCAAAACCAACCAACUUUCGCGUCGGAGCAUUACUAGUUGACAGUGACACGCAAACUAUUUUAUCUACAGGCUACACUCUUGAGUGUGAAGGGAACACACACGCUGAACAAUGUUGCCUCAUCAAACUAGCGUUUGACCGGAAAGUUUCAGUAGGUGAUUUAGCAAUUAUGCUGCCAGAGAAUACAGUUCUAUAUACCACCGUCGAACCAUGUGUGCUUCGACUCAGUGGCGCUAAAUCGUGUGUCGAUCGGAUUCUCAACUUGGGAAAAGCUAUCAAAACAGUGUACGUUGGUCUGGCGGAACCGGCGCUUUUUGUGAGCGAGAACAACGGAAUGUGCAAGCUAGAAGAUGCUGGUAUUAAGGUGGCUGUUAUAUCAGGCUUGGAAAAGGAAAUUCUCGAGGUUGCCACCGCAGGACACAUCAGCUUCAACCUACCGUUCUUCCCUGAACAUACUGAGACGCCUUUUAUCUGGAGCUUCACAUCUGGAUCAGACCUUCCGACAGCUAAAAUGACCCUUCUUAGUUCUUUCCUUAAGGCUACCAACUACAAAAAUCCUUUUCUCCGGACACUCGUCCCAGCUGUAGGGGCCGCAUACGCACUUCAAGCUACCGUAGCAAUCCCAUCAAUUCUUGCAAAGUCCGAAAAAUUUUAUGAUGCUUCUGGCUCUAUAACCUAUCUUUCUGUCACCGCGCUCUCGCUCUGCCUUCCUAUGCUUCGUGCACGUAUUUCUGGCAAUUUUGUGAACGAAAUGAGGCCGGUGACGCUCAGUUUUAGCGCAUUGAAUUGGAGGCAGGUAGCAUUAAGUAUGGCCGUCACAAUCUGGGCCACGAGAUUGGGUAGCUACCUUUUUCAGCGUAUACUUGCCGACGGAAAAGACUCUCGCUUUGACGAGAUAAAAAAGUCGCCUCUCAAGUUCCUUGGUGCCUUCACAGCACAGGCAACAUGGGUUUCCAUCUGCCUUCUGCCGGUCCUUGCACUUAAUAGCAUCCCAUCAAAACUCCUCUCCACGCUACCACUUAUCAAAGCGACAGAUGUGCUUGGUCUCUCACUAUUUGUCGGUGGAUUCGCAUUCGAGACCGUUGCAGACCGGCAGAAAAAUAAUUGGGUCAAGGCCAAGAAGCGAAAGGAGCAUGAUGAGAAAUUCCUGACUAGUGGCCUAUGGAGCAAAAGUAGGCACCCAAAUUAUUUUGGUGAGAUGACAUUGUGGACGGGAAUUGCUACUACAGCAGCAGGUGUUCUUGCUGGAAAUUUGGGACAAGCAGGAAUGGGCCUAAGUAAUACAACUUACGGACGACUUGUGGGAGUCGCCAUGUGCGCUGCAUCUCCAGCGUUCACAGCAUUUCUACUACUGAAGGUUAGCGGGGUACCGCUGAGUGAAACUAAAUACGACAAAAAGUUUGGAGAUGACAAAGAAUACAUAAGAUGGAAAAGAGAAACACCAGUUAUUGUCCCAAGACUUUGGUGA